CCCCGCCCCUUACCGCGUUCACUGGGCCUCGUUGGGCCUUGCUGCAGCUCGGGGUUGGAGCUGAAUAGCCUCUCCCUCAGCCCGGCCACUCCGGGGACGAGAAAGCAACCUGUUUCUGUCCCGUUCCUUCCCCGCGAGUCUUGAGCCCUCUACCUAGGGCACUUGGGACGCGAGACCCUCUCUCAGAAGAGGACAGGGAAGGGGCGCCAAGUGGGGUGCAAGUAACCUGGGGAGUAAAGGGAAUUUGCAGAAGUGACGCCACUGCAGAUCGGUAGCUGGAUGCCACCACUGUAGAAUGAGCGCCUCGCCGGUGUCUGCGCCCGGAUUAUAUUAGAUCCACGCCUUGCGCUGGUGGACCCAGGCACCCCUGACUGUGACCUUUGUGGAUAAAGGUUCCCUGAUGGCUCAGUUGGGAGCAGUUGUGGCUGUGGCUGCCAGUUUUUUUUGUGCCUCCCUCUUCUCAUCUGUGCACAAGAUAGAAGAGGGACAUAUUGGGGUAUAUUACAGAGGCGGUGCCCUGCUGACUUCCACCAGUGGCCCUGGUUUCCAUCUCAUGCUCCCAUUCAUCACAUCAUAUAAGUCUGUGCAGACCACACUCCAGACCGAUGAGGUGAAGAAUGUGCCUUGUGGGACUAGUGGUGGUGUGAUGAUCUACUUUGACAGAAUUGAAGUGGUGAACUUCCUGGUCCCAAAUGCAGUGUAUGAUAUCGUGAAGAAUUACACUGCUGACUACGAUAAAGCCCUCAUCUUCAACAAGAUCCACCAUGAGCUGAACCAGUUCUGCAGUGUACAUACACUUCAAGAGGUCUACAUUGAGCUGUUCGAUCAGAUUGAUGAGAAUCUCAAACUGGCUUUGCAACAGGACCUGACCUCCAUGGCCCCAGGGCUUGUAAUCCAAGCUGUGCGGGUGACAAAGCCCAAUAUACCUGAGGCGAUCCGCAGAAACUAUGAGCUGAUGGAAAGCGAAAAGACAAAACUUCUCAUUGCAGCCCAGAAACAGAAGGUGGUGGAGAAGGAGGCUGAGACAGAACGGAAGAAGGCCCUCAUUGAGGCAGAAAAAGUGGCUCAGGUUGCAGAAAUCACCUAUGGGCAGAAGGUAAUGGAGAAGGAGACUGAGAAGAAGAUUUCAGAAAUUGAAGACGCCGCGUUUCUGGCCCGGGAGAAGGCAAAGGCUGACGCCGAGUGCUAUACUGCUAUGAAAAUCGCAGAAGCAAAUAAGCUGAAGCUGACCCCAGAAUACCUGCAGCUGAUGAAGUACAAGGCCAUUGCUUCCAACAGCAAGAUUUACUUUGGCAAAGACAUCCCUAACAUGUUCAUGGACUCUGCAGGCAGUCUGGGCAAGCAGUUUGAGGGGCUGUCUGACAAGCUGAGUUUUGGCUUAGAAGAUGAGCCCUUAGUGGCAGACACUGAGGAGAAUUGAAAAGAAAUUUUAUACAACCACAGAAGACACUUAAAGAGAUUUUCUUUUUUAAUGAUGAGCCAGGAUGCCCCUCCCUUCCACAGUACCUUGUUUGACUCUCUUCCACAUAACUGUGGUGAAAAAAGAAGAAAUGGACUUAGCUCUAUUCCCCUGCCUGGGAAGGGAGGGCAGGGUUUGAUGAUUUGGGAUUUUUUUCAGGUAAGUAGGUUUUAUGACUUCUUUUGUGAUUUGUAAACCACAGUUUUGACCUUUGACCUCCAAACACUCACUUUAGCCCUUUGAAACUGGCUUAAUUAGGGAUGUUGUCCUUAAGGAGUGGGAGAAAUAUAGGGUGUUGUUUUAGGUGAUUUGAUUUCCCUAAUUUGGGAAAAUGUGGUCCAGUUUUCUCCCCCUUGCCUCCAAGGUGGGAGAUGCCUGUGAGUCUCAGCAACUGAGCAAAUAUGUGCUCGAAAGUUUACCAAUAGAGCUGUGGAGAAACAGCUGUUUGGCUUUCCUGGC